AUGGGUGAACUCUCACCGCACCAGCCUGACAAUGGCAACCGCGGCGAGGACCCGUCGAUUCACUCUCUGCACUUGACACCAUUCGACGACUUGCCAAACAGGAAGCAAGUUUGGCCGAAUGAGCCCGGCAGCAGGGAAGAAGGCCUCGGUCGUCUGGUCUUGCUUACUCCCGACGUUGUUGCUUCCGCUGCAGCGAGCUGCAUACGCUCCGGUCGGAGGGUCAGUCUCGGCUGGGAACUGAAUAAGCUGGAGAUCGCCAACUUUGGCCGAUCGCCUUGCAAACACGAGAUAGUGGGCUUGUUGGAUGGUGCUGCCUUUGACGAUAUCUACACUUUCAAUCCACAACAAAGCAGUCAGUGGGAUGGACUUCGACACUUCUCGCAGCCGAUUCCGACCGAAGAUGAGCCCGACAGGCGACUAUUCUACGGAGGUGUCACCAAGCAGGAGAUCAUGGAUCCCACGAAUCACCGAAUAGGCCUACAGUAUUGGGCGAAGGAAGGCAUCUGCGGCCGCGGCGUGCUGCUAGACUACGUGGCGUAUGCCGAGAAACGAGCUAUCAAAUACUCGACAUUCAGCGACCAUUCGAUUCCUCUCAGCGUACUUCUCGAGAUCGCGCAAGAAGAGAACCUCACCUUCAGAAGAGGCGAUAUCCUUUUCGUGCGCAUCGGCGUCACCAAGCAAUGGGACACGCAGAUGACAUCGGACGAGAAGGCCGAGUACGCGGUAUCAACAAAACCUCAACAUGCCGGCGUCGAAGGCACAGAAGAAAUGCUCCGCUGGCUAUGGGACAGCGGGUUCGCGGCCGUUGCUAGCGAUGCGAUUUCCUUCGAAGUCUAUCCUCCCAAGAAAAGCUAUCCUCGUGGCGGUGAAGGCGAGGCAGAAGUUGACGGUCUCUUCAUGCACGAAUAUCUCCUCGCCGGCUGGGGAAUGCCCGUCGGUGAACUGUUCGAUCUCGAGGCCUUGAGUGGCAUGUGCGCCAGAGAAGGGAGAUGGGACUUUUUUGUCGCGAGCGCGCCCUUCAACAUGCCUGGCGGAGUGUCGAGUCCGCCGAAUUGCAUCGCCAUCUUCUGA